AUGGUAGAGGAGAAGGAUGACAAGUAUCGAGUGCUGGCUCAUUAUCUGCUGGUUAUCAUCAUCAUCAUUGGUCCUUAUGGUGACAAAAACUACAAUGACAAUGAUGAUAAUGACAACAGUAACAACAACAAUGAUGACAACAACGACAAUGACAACAACAAAAACAAUAGCAUCAACAAUGACAACAGUGACAAUAACAAUGACAACGACAAUGGCAGCAACUACAACUCUUCUUCCCUCUUUAGCCAGUUUGAGAUGGAGACCCUCUUCUUGCUGCUCUUGGCCUCUUUCCUUCCGGCCAGUAUCUCCCAUGGCCCUGAAGCCUCCCUUCCAAGGAAAGAGGGCCAGAGGCCGCCGUCCUGCCUCCGAUGCUGCGGUCCCUCUGAGCAGCCGGCCUCUAUCACCGCCUCCCGCUUUGCGCGGAUGACCAGUGACUCCUUUUACCGUCUGCCCAGGAUCCGGCCCACCAUUGACAUCACCAUCUUGAAGGGUGACAAGGGCGAAAUGGGUGCCCCAGGGAUUUCUGGCCCCGAAGGUGAAGUGGGGGACCCCGGUCCGCAGGGGCAACUGGGCCGCAAAGGCCAAAAGGGCCAAGCUGGACGGCCGGGCGAUUCUUGCAAGCAGCAUUAUGUUGCCUUCUCCGUGGCCCGCACAAAGGCACUCCAUAGUUCAGACUAUUACCAGCACGUCGUGUUCGACACAGCACUGGUCAACCUCCAUGGUCAUUUCAACAUGUUCACGGGGAAGUUCUUCUGCUACGUGCCAGGAAUCUACUUCUUUAACCUGAACGUUCACACUUGGAACUACAAGGAGACCUACCUGCACAUCAUGAAGAACGAGGGAGAGGCAGCCAUCCUCUAUGCCCAGCCCAGUGAGCGGAGUAUAAUGCAGAGCCAGAGCCUCAUGCUGAGCCUACAGGAAGGAGACGAGGUCUGGGUGAGGAUGUUCAAGCGGGAACGGGAGAACGGCAUCUACGGCGAGGAGUCGGACGUCUACAUCAUCUUCAACGGACACCUGAUUAAGCCAGACAUUGACUGAAUUGGAUGAUGAUUAGCUCCAUCGCGUUUGUCAAAUGUGCCAUCCAAGAGGACAUCAGUAGGACUUCUCUUCAGCUUCUCUGGACAGUAAAAAGAGGAGAUCCCCAAGCUUUGAGCACGUCUAUGCUGGGGAUUUAAUGCAGUUUGACACUGUGGUCUUCAGUCUUCUCCACCAAAAGGCACUGUUACCAAACGACGUCUCCGAAGAUCCCAUAACAUUGAGCCAUGGCAUUUCAUGUGCUGUCAACUUGCAUCCAUUCUGCAGUGAACCCCAAACAAUCCUCAGUGAAUUGACAAAUGUCUUUUAGGAUUUCGGUACGGUCUCGCAUGUUUGAGCGCGAUUGCUGAAUAUAAUACACGGAUUUCUGA